UCAGCAACAAAAUACUCAGCAAUAGAUUUGUACAUAGCGUAUACGCCUGCCGCGGUACCACAUUCUGAAGAUCCCUCAAUUCACAGAGCCCUACCCUAUGCCCGCACCAAGAGAAUGGACUAGAAGAAAAUUAUGCAAUAGGGCGUGAGCUGGCAUUUGCUUCAUACUAGAGCAUCCGGAGAUACAAGCGUUUGUUACCUGACACUAAUCGCGUAUAAAGGCCAACCUACAGACCCAGAAAACGCCAUCAAAAUUCGACUAUGAAAUUCACUUCGCUCACCACUAUUUUCAUAUCUGCCGCAGCGAUGGCUGGUGUCGCUAUCGCAUCUGAGGACCUGGUAACAUCACCUUACAAUCUACCCUGCAAAAAUGCUGGUGGGCACUUUGCAGCUUGCGUGCAGACCGCGUGCUUACGGUUAUCCACAGAUCAAGUUGGGUGUUCAAAUGGCCUCAAGGGUUAUAACAACGGAUACGCUUACGGUUAUUACUGCGGACAUCAUAAUAGGAUUGAUUCAGUCACGCCAUGUUCCUGCUUCGGCUGCUGCAAGUUGACUGCUGAUAGGACAAACUUCCAGUGUGGGAAAGGGUGAGUCUGCUGCCUUUCGAACCCGAGUGUUAAUGUUGCUCACUUGGCAUGUCGUGC